GGCCGGGAGCGGCCUCGGGGGGCCGGUGCAAGGCUCCCCGGGGUCUGUGCCGACGGGGGCGGGAGGCGGCCCGCGGUUGCGUCACCGUGAGGGGGGACCGGGCUGGGACUCGCUUCCGGUGUCCCCAGCAGCUUCCUUGAAGCUGUUUCCGGCGCGCCCCGGAGGCACUUGGUGGUGGCGGCGGGGAGCGGAGAUGGCGGCGCCCGGGACCCCAGUCACCGUGACCGUCACCUACAGGACCAAAACCAUUCCCCAGAGCUCUUGAUCUACUUCUCCCAAUCUCAGGUAAUGAAAAACAUACUGUUCAGAUAGCUUCUCAUCAGGAAGACAGUGAACCAACACUACAAGACAUGGCUCUGCUUAUUGAACAGGUCACUGGGGUUCCAGUUCCUUUUCAAAAACUGAUAUGCAAAGGAAAGUCCCUGAAGGAAAUGGAACAGCCAUUAUCAGCACUCGGAGUUAAAAAUGGUUGUAAAGUCAUGCUGAUUGGGAAAAGGAAUAGUCCAGAGGAAGAGGCAGAAUUAAAGAAAUUAAAAGAUUUUGAGAAGUCAGUGGAACAAAUUGCUAACAAAUUGGAGGAAAUUAAUAAAGAGUUCACAGGUAUCCAAAAGGGCUUUCUAGCAAAAGAUCUUCAAGCUGAAGCUCUUAACCACCUGGAUAAGAGGAUAAAAGGAACUGCUGAGCAGUUCAUGAAGAUCCUGGAACAGAUAGACGCCAUUAAUCUGCCAGAGAAUUUCAGUGAUUGCAAACUGAAAAAGAAGGGGUUGGUGAAAAAAGUUCAGGCUUUUCUUGCCCAGUGUGACACAGUUGAAGGAAGUAUUGGUCAAGAAAUGGAUAAGCUACAAUCAAAGAACUUGGCACUGGCAGAAUGAGGCAUCACUCUCAAUAAAUAGGAGAAAUAAUUGCUCUGUGAGCAAGAAGAAAAGUUUGCUCUUUGUUUUGGAGCACAUAUUCAGCUGCUUCUUUUUUUUAAAGCCCAGUCUGUUUAGACUGGUACUUGUCAAUCAUUACUUGCUGGUUGUCACAUUUACCACUCACUCAGAGCUCUUCUUUUCAAAAGAAAACAAUCCUCCCUGAAGAAAUACAGAAAUGUCUUUGUGGGGGAUGGUUAUGCAUGUUUUAGUUAAUGAAAUACUACAGCACAUUAUACAGUUCCGAGAGGUGGGCAACUCUGGACCAUUAUUUUCUUUUUACAAAGACACUGUUGUUAACUUGUUUGUUUUUCUCUACUCUCACAUUUUCCACUAUGUUAUCAAAAUUAUUUGCAGUUCAAAAGAUAAGUUUGGAAAACCAUACAAGUGACAUAGGUUGCAGCUGUAGGACUUUAGCUUGACUAAAAAAGCCAGGUUGAUACAAUAGUUGAGACAUCUAGCAUUUUAGUAGAACAUUUAGAGCAAUAAAUAGUAUCACACAUCUAUACCUAUUUAACACUUGUGUGUGUUCAUAAGUAUAGGAAAACUUGACUACAAUGGAAGUUGUAACUAUUUUAGCCUUAAACUGUCUGGGUAAAUGGAACUACUGUAAAAUGUAUGGUACUUAAUUUAACUAGUUUUUAAAUUUCAGUGAACACCUUGGCACUUUUUUCAUUAUACAUAUUUCUGAUAUACUGUUUAUAUAGCAUGUAUUUGUUUUCUGUGGUAUACUCUCUCUUUGAGUAAUGGUGUGAAAUGGAACAGGAUAAUUCAUACUGCUUAUACAGGAAGUGGUCAAUCCAAUCAAGCUCUGAGAAUGGAGCUAUUUUAUCAGAGUAUUUUUUGACUAUGUGUUUCACUGAGUUACUGCAAUUUACAGAUAAAUUGCAAUUGAUCAUUUCUUUUCCCUUGAGAGUUAGCGGAUGAAUAUUUAUUAAUCUAUAAUGUGUAUUACAAAGUGAAAUUUGAAAACAGAUGUUAAAAAAUGUCCUGCCAUUGUUAGCAACUCCAUAAUGAGAGCUGCCAUUUCACUGCUACUUCUGCUAGGAAAGAAUUAAUCAAUAAGCACUUGCUUUGGUGACAAGCCGGGAACCCUCAACUCACAUUAGACUCUGUGGAAGUUAAGGGUGUUCUGGAUCACUUGUCAACUAAGUGCAUGAGAAUCUUUGUGUUUUUAUAAGUGUUUUAAGGUAAGUUCUCUUUACCAGAAAAAAAUUGCAAAAUGUAAGUGUUGAUCAUAUUUCAAUAAAGUUAAAUAAUUCCUAAUAAAAUAAUGGACCUCAAAAUAGUGACAGUCCUCCCAACAUUUCUCCUGCAGUCAUAAUCAGAGGAGAACUUCCAGAGUGUUGCAAUCUGUUAUCUGGGCAGUGUAGUAGCUCUGUUUCUUUUUAAAAAUUGGUAGUUUUUGUUGUAAAGAAAGUUUUAAAAAAUUAGUUGUUCUGUUUUACCAAAUAUAACUAGAUGAAGUAACUAUAUUUUCAGGUAAAUUGCACUUUUCUGUUAAAUUGCAGUAUUCCUUUAAAGUUGUAAUAGUUUUCAGUAUUACACCCACUUGUCAGGGCCUGUAAAAGUCUGCAGUAGGCUGAAACUUGACAGACAAGCUCUUGGCUUAAAAUGAAUUUAUUUUGUUUCUCAUUACAAAUUUUUAGAAAGAGCUGUUUUUAAGAUAGGAAAUAAUUAUAUUUGUGGUUAUACGUGAUGUGAUGCCAGCUUUAAGUGCCUAGCACUAUGGUCAUGCUCUGUGUGCCUGGGACUGCAAUACUAUUGAGAGGAGCAGAGUUAUAUUCAUUUCAGUGAUGCCCCAGUUCAGUGCAGCAAAUGCUGCUUCUGGGCCAGAUCCUGCUCCAUUUAAUCCAAUGGCAAAACUCCCACUGAAUUCAAUGGGUGCAGGAUCAGCCUCUUAUCAAGUGAGGAAUUAGUCAUCACCUGUUUUACAUGUAAACAUGUAUUACAUUUAGUAAACUUUCAGGAGCGUGUGUAGCAUAGAAGGGUUUCCCUCUUCCAUGUGAGCAGAGCUGGGCAGGUCAGGUUAGAUAUAACUGCUGCUCCUUAGUAGUUCUUUAUCCUGAGAAAAAACAGUGCAGUCUUUGUGGUAUUUAUGAGUGGUCAUCACGGUUGAUAUAGGCAAAGACUUUCAGUUAAUGUAAUAAAAGUGAAACCUAUUAAGAUUGCA